UCAGUUCGUGCUGAAUAGGGGGACUCUUUUUACCGGCAGCUUGAAUGGAACGUUAAAUGUGAAAUCGAAAAAGGAAAAGCGGAUUAUGAUCAGCCAAGCGGGUGGGGAAAUGCGUCAUGCUGGGCCGGGUGUAUUAACGGAUUGUCUGUAAUUGUUGUUGUAUUUGGUGUUGGCUUUUGGUAAUUACCUUGUAAUUUACAUGUUGUGGCAUUUAAAUAGCAUACAAUUUUAACAAAAUCCAAGACGGUUUUGGUGCUUUAUUGAAUUGGUGGGAUAUUGUUGAUUUCUUGUAUAUGCCUGUGAAAACUGUGGUUAAGUACUUAUUAUUGGUGCUGAAGGUAAACGGUGCUGGGUGUGUGUAAUUUCACAAAUAUGUGUUAACUGGUGUUAAAUGUGUUGUUGAAAUAUUGUUGAAUAAACAAGAGAUGAUGGUGUACAGAACCUGAAUGUUCAAUAAUAAGGAAAGAACUGUCUACUCUUUGGAAUAAUGUGGUUUGGAGGUAGUGGUGGUAUCUAACAAGGUACUCCUGGGACCAUGGAGGGGGACAGGGGUUACGCAGGGAGUCCAGGGCCCAAUAAGAAGGUGACGUGGAAAGAGCCCAUCGAGCAAGCUGAGUACAUGGCUAAAGCACGAGACCUUGAGAGGGAGUUACGUGCCCUCACCAUCGAGAAAGCACGGGCAGAGGCGAGCAUGGAGGACCUUCAGGUGCGCGUGAACCGACAGGAGGAGAACAUCUCACGUCUCAGGGAAGAGAACUCAAACCUCAACCACGAUCUUGAUCAGCUGAUCAACGUGAUCAGUUCUGCCAGAACCACGGGAAAGUGGGAGAUUGAAAAUGUCCGCUUUCGGGAACUCACUGUUGAGCAAGUUUUCGGUUCAAUGCAUGAAACUUUGAUGAGAAUGCGCAUGUCAGACGAAGGCGUUUCGAGUGAUAUUCGUGACCUUCGAGAAGCAAUAAUGAAGAAGGAUGAGGUCAUAAAUAGGCUGCAAGCUGACCUUGAAAAUGCCCAAAUGCAGCACACACGUUCAUCUUUAGAACUGAGAUCUUCAGAUCCCCAAUCUAGUCAAUCUGAGAAAGAUUAUACAAUAGUCAAGUUAAAAACAGACCUUCGGCGUUCAGAACAACGUGUUGAAGAUCUUAACAUGGAGGUGACUAAUCGUGAGCGAAAGAUCGCCUCCCUGUCAACACAAAUCUCCGAUCUCCACGCGGAGAUUGCACGAACGGAGACCGAAUUUGGUACACAAAAACACCUCGUGAAAAUGUUGCAGGAUAAACAACGCGUCCAUCAGGGAGAGGUGCAAAAGUCUGAUGACAUUGUACGCCAGCUGAGGGAGGAACUAGCCCGUGUGAAAGAAGAAUACUCACGAUCCUCACAUGAUGUGUCUCACUUUGAGCGGCGAAUUCAGACCUUGGAGGCGGAGCUUAAGGACUCCAAGGAGCAGAGAAGGCGGGCCCUUGAAGAGGUAACGUGUCAUUCUGUCAGCCCCGCUGUGGAAAAACUGGGCUUAAUGCAGAUUGGUCAGCUGCAGGACCGUAUCCGAGAUGGUCAGGUGUCCACCAAGGACCACCACUCCGUGCUCAAGUCUGAGCUGGCGCGGCGGGACGAAACCAUCCAGAAACUGAGACGAGACGUGCUCGGUCUCCAGGAGAAGCGAGAUGCUGCAGUCGCUGAGCUCGAUCAACAAACAAAAUGUCUGCAUAUAACUGAGGAUAAGGUUAAACAUCAGCAAGAGGAGCUCCAUAGAUUAGAAACGAGAGUUAAGUCCCUGGAAGACGAACUUUCUUCUUCCAAGAAACAAACAGAGGAGGCAAAAACGGAAGUGAGUGAAUAUGUAACAAAACUGGCACGUAAAGACGGUGAACUGACCUCCUUACGUAGCCAGCACACAGAGGCAUGCGAGCAGAUCUCCAUGUUAACCAACAGUCUUCAGAAGCUGCAGUCCACCUCAAAGGAAACCAGGGACACUCUUGCAUCAGAGGUUGAAAAAUUGAAACGUGAAAAGGCAGAAGUUGCGGAUCGCCACGAUGCCAUAGUGAAGCUGCGUAACGAGAACCGAGAGAUAGAGGAGAAGUUACGGGAGGCCCUGGGGAGUGCCCAGCACCGUGGGGACGCCAUCAAACAGCUCAGAGACGAACUCAAGCUGGCCAAUAACAAGUGUACGGAGGCAGACCGCCGUAUGGAACAUAUGGACAAGGAGUUUCAGACACUACAUAGCCGUUACUCCUCUGCAACUAGAGAGCUGGAUCGCAUGCAGGUGAGCCUCCAGGAGCGAGACAUGGUGUCCGGCCAGUCGGAGACCCUGUUCAAGUCCAAGCUGACAGACAAGGAGGAGGAGGUGGCAAGGCUGAAGGCUGAGAUCAACAUCCUGCAUGAGAAACUCUCACAGACACAGGCUCAGAUGCUGUCUCGAGAGGACCAGAUAGGGCGCCUUCAGAGCAGUGUGCGUGACCUGACGGAUGAGAGUGCAAAGAAGGAGAUGGUCCUCCAGAAAAUGGAGAGGGACCUCAAACUGGCUGAGGACGGCAGGCACAAGACUGACGAUAGCGAAUUCCUUUUGGAAGGGUUGUCCCGUCGUGAGAUCACCAUACAGCAGCUAGAGCACGAGCUGUCCCAGGUGAAGACCCAGUAUCGAGAGGCGGUGGAGGAGAACGGACGCCUGGAGGCACGCAUACAGGCCUUCGCUAUCAACGCUCAGAGUGAACAGGAUGUUCUCAACACCGAGCAAAUUGAUAUCAUUGUGGAGGUGAAGAGACGAGAGGACACGAUCAAGAGACUCAAGAUGGACUAUGUGAAUCUGCAGGAGAUCAACAACAAACGAGAGGAAAAGAUAAACCAGCUUGAGCGUGAGAUUGAGCAGCUGAAGACCCAGCUGAGAACAGCCAACGCAGAGAUCGAGGGCAGGAAGUCGUCAAUAGCGACGCUGGAAGGCCAGGUGGAGGAGCUUAAGAAGCGCUCGGGCAACCAGCUGGAUGAGAUCAACCGCCUGGAGGACCAGGUCCGCGCCAUGACCAUCGACCAGACAGCCAUGCACUCAAAGAUUGAACAACUACAGUCGAACAUGGCCAACAAGGAUGACUUCAUUCAGCAACUGAAGGCAGAUCUGGCCUCCAUACACAGACAGCAGAAGGAGACCACAGAAAAGGUUGUUAUUCGUGACGACACUAUUCAAAAGCUGAACGCAGACAUCGGCAAGCUGAAGGGCAAACACGAGGAGAAACUACGCGAGUGUCAGAAGCAGACAGAGACCAUCAAGAAGUUGCAGGACGCGCUCACACAGUGUCACUACGACCUGGACGAGUCACGCAAGAAGUCGGAAGAGGAGAAAAUUAGCAUGGAUGAGCAGGUGAAACAUCUGCAGGAGGAUCUGUUGGAGUCCCAGUCCCAGUACAGCAAGUGUUACAAUGAUUUGAUGAAGGCAGAGGACGAUAUAGAGAAUCUAAAGGGAGACAACUCCAACCUGAACAAGAUUGGCAUGUCCAAUACGGAAGAGUUGUCUUCCCUGCAAGAGCAGGUGCACCAGCUGGAGCUCGACCUGACCAUCUCCCAGGAGAAGCACAGGACCUGUCAGAAAGAAGUGGCUAAUAGAGACCAGGUUAUCUUGAAGUUACAGACAGAUCUCGACACCACUCAAGAGAAAUACUCGGGAGCUGUUGAAGAGUGUAAUAUUCGUGACAACGAGGUGCAGAGACUGAAUGGCAAGGUGAAACAACUUCAGCAGGAGAUUCGUAAUCUUAAUGGGGCAAUGGAAGAGCGGGACCAAAAGGGUACAAGGGACCAGAAGACAAUUCAGCAGCUUCAGCAUGAUCAGGAAAUCACUUUACAAGAGGAAAAUUAUAAGGAUAGAGAGAUAUUGGCAGCCAUAGAUAUGAUGGGUGGAGUAGCCCAGCAGAUUAAGAACCACCUUCGAACGAUCGAACAAAUGAAGUCGGACAUGUCUGUGAUGAAGCAGACGCACAACCAGGAGGUGAAGCGUUUCCAGGGAGACCUGGAGAUCAUGGGAUCAGAGUUGAAGGGCACGAGGUCAGAGCUGGAUGAGUCGCAGCAGCAGAACAUGGAGAUGUCAGCAAACAUCAAGUCACUUAAUGAUGAGUUGGAUCGCUUCAGGAGCAUGCAGGAAGAGUCUUCCAUCGAGAUGCAGCGUCAUAUAGACAACAUUAAGCACCAGGACAAGACAAUCACGGACCACAAGCAGCAGGUGCUUGUCCUGGAGGACACGCUGCACAAGGCUCAGGAGGAACUGCAGGUCCUGGAUGCCACCCUGGCCCAGUACAAGCAGAAGUACGCCCAGUCCAGUAGUCAGGUUUCACACCUGGACGGGACAGUAAAGAACCUGCAAGAGAAGCUGGCAGAGAGCAGGAACCGUGAACUCGAGAAGGACAGCACCAACGACGCCCUUAGAAACGACCUUGACAACCUGAACAAGAUGUACGCGGAGUCCAAACGCGAGGUAGAGAAGUGUGAGGAUGUUAUAGAGCAGCUUACAUCGGAGCUGAACUCGAGUCAGGAGGAACUGUCCCUCGCUAACUCUAGAAUACACGAGGCAGAGGAAAACAUUAAGAACCUGAAAGACAAGGUGGCAGAUCUGCAAGCAGAGUCGUACAAGUACGAGGAGAAGUCCAAACGUCUGGAGAACGAGCUGCACACAUACCGUGGCGACCAUAACCAUAGCGACCAGGAAUUCAUAGAAAAGGAAGAACGGAUCACCCAGCUGGAGUACACGCUAGACCAGACCCAGGGAGAGCUGCACAACAAACUGCGCGUGCUCUCAGACCACCAGGACCAGCUUAACGAGCUCAAAGUGGACUUUGCAGGUGUGAGGGAGCAGAAGAUAGCUGCCUUGAAGGAGAUUGACCGCCUGGAGCAGAACUGUGGUCAGCUGCAGAUGAACCUGGCGUCAGCCCAGCAGCGUCACAAGGACGACAUCCGCCAGCUGGAGGAGCACAUCUCCAAGCUGGACAACAGCCAGCGCCAGGCGCAGGCUAGGGGCACAGCCCUGGAACAGGAGAUCGCGCGCAAGGAGGACCAGAUCAAGAGGAACGAGGCUGAGAUCAAGGCCCUCAAGGACAACCUUCACAACAGGGGGGAGGAGAUUGACAAGCUGGAAGCGAACAUCAAAUGUCUGCGAAUGGAAGUUAACAGCCUGUCUGCGUCUAAGAAGCAAGCUGAAAUGAGGAUUGCAGAGUUGCAGAGUGACUCUGACAGUUUGAAGUCUGACCUGGGGGAGGCCAGGGCUCAGUACAAGGACUGCGCCCAGGAGCUUGCGCACCACGAGGAGAAGCUGAUGUUGAUGGAACAAAGCCUCCAGACGACCCAGGAGCAGCUGAGUCAGCGGGUCACAGAGGUCGUGAGGCACGAGCAGGUCAACAGGAAGCUCGAGAUGGAACUGAAAACAUUGAGAGACCGCAACUCAAACUCUGAGGAGGAGAUAGAGGAACAGAAGUGUGUGAUAGACAAGCUGCGUAAGGACAUGAUGCACGUCAAGGAGGACCACCAUGCGGCGGUGCAGGAGGGGCUGGCGUACAAACAGCAGGCCCACAAGUGUCAGGUGGAGCUGGAGGGUGCAACGGAGCAGGAGAAGAUGCUCACUGAACAGGUUGAGCAACAAGACUCGAUCCUGACCCAGCUGCAGACUGAGCUGCGUGGGGAAAGGGACCGGCACCAGGAGACAGCGCAGAUGCUUCAGGCAGCCCGUAGGGCCAACUCUGACCUCGAAGAUACCAUGGAGAUCAACAACAAGGACAUUAAGGAGCUCUCCAACAAGCUCCUGGAGCGAGAGGAACUGGUAAAGAAGCUGCGAGACGACCUGGAGGACCAAAGCAAGCGUAUCCAGGCACUGAAGGAGGACCUGGCAGAGAGGGACGGGCAGCUCCAUGUUGCCAGGAUGAACCUGCAGCAGCAGCAGAAACAGAACCAGCUGCACCAGCAGGAGAUCAAGCGCUACGAGGAGACCCUACAGCAGCUGCAGGCCGAUCUAGAGCGGAGCCAGGAGAACUACCGCAAGGCACACGCGCAGCUCAUGCAGAAUGAGGAGAGACUACACGACCUUAAGGUCCAGCUGACCACGGUGCAGGGCAACCACAAGGAGUCCAUGGAGCAGCUGGGAGACAAAAGUCAGCAGGUGGCCAUGCUCCGCAACGAGAUCUCACGGGUACAGCAGCAGAACGAGGCCAUGGCUGACGAUCUGUCCCAGUACGAGCAGAAGACGAAGCAGCUGAAGAACGAGCUGAAGAAGCUACAGGACCACACGCGAGCCUCCGAAACGGAGCUCCAGUCCUUCGAGAUGAAGUAUGCAGACCUGCAGCAGGAUGCCAUCCAAUCCCAGGACAGGAACCGCCAGAGUCUGCAGGAGCUCUCCGCCAAAGAGGAGGAGCUGGUCGUCGUCAAGGUGGAGUUGUCUGCCCUCCACGAGAAAUACAAGCUGAGAUGUAACGAGUCUGAGAAGAUUCUGAAUGAGCUGGAUCUGAUGCGUCAGAACUACCACAGCGCCAACGAGGAGAUAAAGGGCCUGCGUAUGGCCCUGGAGGAGUCGCGUACCAACGGGGACCGGCUACACAAGGAGAGCGAGCUGGUGGUGCAGAACGUCAACACAUGGGUGCAGGAACAGAAACAUGCUAAUGAGAAACUUGGCAACAAGAUUCGAGAACAGAGCAAGGCCAUCAUGCAGCUAACUGCUGAGAAAGAACAAAUGUUGGAUCAGAUCAACAAGUACCAGAAGCAGAACAACAAGCUGAAGAUCGAGCUUGACGAGCGGCGUAACGAGGCGGAGAGGUUCAAGGCGCUCCAGAACCACAGCAGCCACCAACAGGUGCUCCUCAACCAGCUGAGGUCACGACUCGAGGAACACGAAAUGGAGCAGGACCAAGAGAUGUCCAGCAAGAUGGCCACUAUAGAGGACCUGCACAACCGCCUCAAACUGAACAUUGACAACAUACAGCAGCUCAACUCACAGCUGAAUUCCAUGCAGAAGGACAACCAGCGCCUGCGCAGUGACCUUGAGCGAGAGAUCGGCACACGGCAGACCCUGGAGCUGCAGAUAGAGAGCAAGGAGCAGACCAUCAACAGCCUCAAGACCCAGCUGGAGGCCAAGAAACACCUGCUCAUAGAACACAGCUCUCCACUUAAGGACCCUGAACGCGCUACCCGGGCUGCUUACAAGAAGGUGAUGGAGGAGAACGGAGUUUCGGAUCCCAAUUCCAUGGACAAGAACUACUGGAUCCAGCGUGUCGGAGAGCUGUCCAUCCAGCUUCAGCAGAGCAGUGAGUACUGGUCUGACAAAGUACGCGAGCUCACCCAGCAGCUGGGCCAGGCUAAAUCAUUGGUUGCCAGCCCUCGACGAUAGCACUUACCCCACCCACCACCCACCGUGCUUCAUACACCAUUACUGGACAGUGUCCCAUUUUUAUAUGUUAGGUUUGUUCUUGUGUUGUCCCAUUUGUAUAUGUUAGGUUUGUUCUUGUGUCUAGAACCUUUCAAGGUGAAACAAUUUAAUGAAAGUAUGUUAAGUCUGAGUAAAACACCACUUGAUAUUGUUGAGAUCUGAGAAAGGGUUAAACAUGUACAGAAAAAAUAAUCUUAUUGACUUCAGUUUUCAAUUUUUAAUUUUGAAAUUGUCACUGUAAGAGAAUUUAUGUUUUCAGGUUUUUCUUGGUUUCUUUCUUUUCUCUUUACAUGAAUGAAAAUAUUUUCUAUCCGCUCAUUUAGUUAGGUUUAUAAAUAAAUUUUUAUUAAAUUGAAAGCAUAUUUUGAUUAGAAACUAUUUGACUCUUUGAUGAAUAUGCACAUGUCCAGUAUUAUACUGUCUCAGUUGUUGAACAGUUGCAGUACUUGUCCUUCUAGCACCAAAGAAACAUUGUCACACUUUCAGACUGGUUUUGUGCAGAGUUCAAUAAAAGGAACAAAGCAAAGUAAUGCAUGGGUUCACAAUUUUGUUAAAACAAUAUUAUAAGUGUGACAUGUUGGGAAAAGCUUGAUGUAACUGAUUAAAUGUUGAGAGACCUUUACAGUAUUCCCUCCAUUCUGCUGAAAGCUGCUCAUAUUUGUGUGAUAUCCAUUUUUCAGAAUUCGUGUUAAUUUUACAUGUUAAUAAAUUGCAAAGUUACGUGGUCAGUUUGCCAUUUGAAUACUAUUUCGUCCAGUUUCGAAUGUUAAUUCAUUUGCUUUUCGCUGACCAUUGCCAUUGCAAAGAUAUUAAGGCUGACCUUUGCCAUUGCAAAGAUAUUAAGGCAAGUAUUGAACUGUGUUAUUGCGAGGAGCAUAGUUUUGCUCUGAAAUACUGUUGGUUGUGAAAUGUCUUUGUAUGUAUGUAAGAGAUGAAAAAAAAAGCGAUAUGUUAUUUACAUUUUUGUUGAAUGUUGUGGAAAGUAUCUGUGAUGUUUUCUUUUACCUUGUACAUGUACUAUUUUUUAUUAUUUAUUUAUAAAUCAUCUGGUUUUAUUUAUAAUCUAUAACUAAUUGUAUUGAUAGCUUACUACUUGUGGUUAUUAUACGGUUGUUAUACUAUAGAUUGUGUUUGUGGAAAAAGAAAAAAAGAACUGAAAUGCUUUUUGUAAUUAAAUAUUUGGCCUUAUCCUUUAAGAAAGUGAUUGUUAAAAAAACGUAGAUCAAAGUAAUUACAUAAGAUGUAUGAAUUUAGAUUAAUAAGAUUAAUAAUCAUAUAGCUCUUUUGAAUUCUGUGUGAUCUUCAUUUAAUUAAAUUGGUAAUUAUCAAGAUCUUUUUUAGUCUUCAUUAUGCCCCCCUUCGAAGAAGAGGGGGUAUAUUGCUUUGCUCAUGUCGGUCGGUCUGUCUGUAUGUCGGUCUGUCGGUCCGUCCACCAGGUGGUUGUCAGACGAUAACUCAAGAACGCUUGGGCCUAGGAUCAUGAAACUUCAUAGGUACAUUAAUCAUGACUCGCAGAUGACCCCUAUUGAUUUUGAGGUCACUAGGUCAAAGGUCAAGGUCACGGUGACCAGAAAUAGUAAAAUGAUUUGUGAAUGAUAACUCAAGAACGCAUACACCUAGGAUCAUGAAACUUCAUGGGUAGAUUGAUCAUGACUUGCAGAUGACCCCUAUUGAUUUUGAGGUCACUAGGUCAAAGGUCAAGGUCAUGGUGACCCGAAAUAGUAAAAUGGUUUCCGGAUGAUAACUCAAGAACGCAUACGCCUAGGAUCAUGAAACUUCAUGGGUAGAUUGAUCAUGACUCGCAGAUGACCCCUAUUGAUUUUGAGGUCACUAGGUCAAAGGUCAAGGUCACGGUGACCUGAAAUAGUAAAAUGGUUUUCUAAUAAUAACUCAAGAACGCAUACGCCUAGGAUCAUGAAACUUCAUAGGUAGAUUGAUCAUGACUUGCAGAUGACCCCUAUUGAUUUUGAGGUCACAAGGUCAAAGGUCAAGGUCACGGUGACCCGAAAUAGUAAAAUGAUUUUCGGAUGAUUACUCAAGAACGCUUUUGCCUAGGAUCAUGACACUUCAUAGGUACAUUGAUCGUGUCCCGCAGAUGACCCCUAUUGAUUUUCAGGUCACUAGGUCAAAGGUCAAGGUCACAGUGACAAAAAUCGUAUUCACACAAUGGCUGCCACUACAACGGACAGCCCAUAUGGGGGGCAUGCAUGUUUUACAAACAGCCCUUGUUUUGAUUAAAUUCUGAGGGUCUUAUAAAUCAAACAGUUGUCCUUGCAAGUAUUAUUGUGAUUCCUGAUAUAUUUUUAGGGAUGACAGUCAAUUGGAUAGUGAGUUACUUGCAACCACAAUCUUUGAAUUGUAUAGUAGUAUAAUAUAUUAGAUGAGUAUGUUUUAUAGAUGUACUGCAUAAUGAAGCUGAUUAUUUUACUGAUACAAGAUCAUUUUAUCUAGGUCCGUCCAUAUUUAUAUGCAGCUAUGUGCUUACUAAGCAAAACUAUUGUUUUGUAUAUGUGAAAGGAUUUUAUUGAGACUGCCAGUUGUAUGUUAUAUGUUUCUUAACCUUUUUAUAAAAUGCACUUGUAUAUACAUUCUUUAUGACACCACUGUCUCCGCCAUUUCAUUUUUCAGCAGGAAUAUCUGUCACAAGUAACACAUGUUUAUUUAAUAACUAAGUGCUAUAUACACCUACAGUACAAUGCACAUUUUUUGAUUUGGUUGUUUUCCAUAUUUCCUAAUUCAGCUAGUGUAAUCUAAUACCAUGUGUCUAUUUUUCAAUAAUUAUACAAGUUCUUGUUUUGCCCUAACAGGGUACAAUGGUGUCAUAUUGUAUUUUACUGGUAAACAUUUUGCAGCUUAACUCUGUUGUUAUUACUAUUUUAAUAUCAUAUUUAUUUUGUUUUAUUUCAUUUCUUGAAAUGUAACGCUUGUGAUAAUUUUAUAGGAUAUUUAUCAGUGUUUUUUUUCUAGUUUUAUUAUUAGUUUAGAAGUCUCAACAAUUCUCUAAAUACAUCCUUCAAGAGGACUUAAAAAUAAGUAAAAUACGUCUUGAAAUAGAUAAUGUGUUGGAGAUUCCCAUAAUCAUAAAAUAAUUUCAAAAAGGGAAGAAAAUUAUUUUUGACAAUUUAAUUGAAUUUGAAUAUACAUUGUAUUUGAUUUCAAUAGAAAUUUCACGCUUAUUCCAAUAAUGGAACUGUGAUAUCUUAGAUUCAUGAGUUUUGACGUGAGGUACUAUAUGUCUUAGAGUUUAGAGCAAAGAGCCACAGAGAUUCUGAGCUGGAAUAUGCCUAUAUUUAGAACACUUAGAACUUGAUUUGUGUGCUGAACUGUAGAUUAGUUUGAUAUUGAUGCACGAUUUUAGUUAAAAUGUUUGGCUACAGAUCAUGUCUAGUUGACAGAUUAUUACGAGUAUACACAAAACUUUGAUUGUCAAUAAAGCGAAGAUAAAUGAA